CAAUAAAUUAAUAGUUAAAAAACAGAAAAUAGUUUGCCAUAAAUUUUCGCCUGCUCCCACCCCCCUACAUUAUUGGCGGGAAUUUUCGAAAUUCUUAAUUGAAACUUUUUACGAUGGCUACCUAUCAGGCAGUAACUCCGGAGAAAAAAUAUUUAAGAAUAGAUGAAAAAAUAUGUAGGCUUUGUGGUGAUGCGAAAAAUUAUAGCAAGUCGACGUCCAUAUUUAGUAAAGCUGGGAAAGAAAAAGGACUCGCAAAAAAAAUCGAAAAAAUAUUAAAUGUUGUGAUUGAUGAGUCGCAGAAAUCUCGUCUGCCAUGCAACGUCUGUCGACGAUGUCAGGAGUGUUUAGAAAAGUUCGACGAAUUUAAAGCUGUUGUAUUCCAAACCCAAGAAAUGAUCAAGACAAACAGUUCCUCCAAGAGAUGUGCAAAGUCAUCCCAGCCUGAACCAGCCAAGAAAUCUCAUCCCAAGAAACUGCAAUACGAUGUAUCAACCAAUGCCAAAUCUCAAAAUAUAAACAACCAAGAAAAUAGAUCGGAUAAUGUGCCGUCAACCCAUGAAUUAAUAUCAACAUGUGGCCUAAAUGAUAAGAUGGUUUGUAUUGUUUGACUUUUAUAUUCAUCACUUGACCCCAUAAAAAAUUUAUACUGUCACUCAUAUAUCCUCCCCGACUGAAGUCUCCCCCUCCUCCCUCUGUCUCUAAAGACUCCAGAUAUGUCUCUCUCUAUACACACCUGCUAUCGUGCCUGUUUGAAGCCCCCCCCUCCCUGUCUCCAAAGGCUCCAGAUGUCUCUAGCUCUCUAACACACUUGAUAUCACGCUUUUAUACGAAGAAAUUUACUUAGCCCUCUUAUUAUGAUCUUCCUCUCUUAUUAAGCUUUUACUUGCUGCUAUUUCUAAUUCAUAAGUACCCUUUCCUCACACAAAAGCCGUAAAACAUUUUGUAAU